AUGACCCGUACUGAACGCGCAACGAACCCUCGUGCCGUGAUCAGGGACCGCUCCGAGUCCAAGUCUGGUCUGAACAAGUCCAUGCCUAAGAACGGAGCCGGAACCCACAACUGGGGCUCAUACGCUGACGAGCGCGAGCUCGAGGACGCUGCCCUCGCCGAUGAAGAGCAAGAACUCGGUGACGAUCUUCCUAAAGCUGAGGCCAAGAAACCAGCUGCGGUUCGAAGCCUGAGCGGUCCAUCUGAGCAAGAGCUUCAGCAGGCCAAAGAGUUCAGGAAGGGUGCUCUGAAGGCUGAAGGCAUUGAUCUUGCUGCCAUCGCGCGCACUUCUGCUGCUGUUGCCUCGUCGCCACCCAAGGGCUACGCCUCUCCCAUCUCUCCAUCCGUUUGA